AUUCAGGCGAUUAGGGAUGUCCAAGGUUCUCAAUCUUCUCGACCUAUUCGUGAUGGAUGCCGUGUUUUUCCAUGCAUCAAUUGUUGGUAUCCGGAUUACAGACCCACGACACUGCAUCGAACUGCAUCAUAAAUAGGAAGGCGAGCGGUUCCUCGGCGCACCAACGCCAAUCCCAACCGCAUCGUAAUGUCCAGCAGAAGUUCGGUCCCCCACUAUUGUUACGCACCACAAGCGUUCUACAUGCCUGUCCAGUUCAUCCCCUACGCUCCUCAGGGGGUUCCACAGGGGUAUGCGUACGGCGGCGCCUAUGCUCUACCUGGUCAUACUCAGCCUGUCCCGUUUGCGCCAUUCGGAGCCGACUUCGUCGGUUCGCCCGUCGAUUUACCCGCCACUUCGAAGACUGGUGUAAUGUCCUUUGUACGAUAUUGCCAUCCAUGGAGACCUGAAAAUUUCUUGGCAGGGCCGGUCACCACAGGAAGUGGUCGAAGUGGUCGAACAAAUCGUUUACGGAGGACCUUCCGACGCUCCGUUCGAACCGUACACCAUCGCCUUCGAGACUGCGGCAGGCGAGGGUAUAAAUCUCGGGGAAGUUUUGCAACGCGGUGUUAAGGGGCUCAUCGGCGAUGACAAGCCCGCCUUCACGCCGAAGAUGGGAGUCAAAGCCAAGAUAUCAAUCAGAAUACAGAUCGUUGGUUCGAAGCCCUAUCACCGCCAGAUCAUGUCCCUGCGCUCGGACAGGAAGGCCAGCUCGAUCUCCAAAGGCAAGCUCGCGGUAACCAUCGCCAAGGAACUGCAGAAGGCUAUGGUGCGUGCUCAUGUUCGCGAAUUAGUGCGCAAUCAGACAUGUCUCCGAGUCAGAAAGGCGGCAGCAUGCAAACUGCAUCGCGAGGCCGCCUCGAGAUCAACGAUAUAUUGCUCACUAAACUCUAACCCGCCCCUUGGGGCGUCCAUCGCCUUUAGCUGUGAUGGCUUCGUUUCGGCGAAGGAUCAUGACCAGACAAGUACAUUUCCAAACAGGAGUGUACUUGUCACGGUUAGGCAACAUGCUGAGACCUCGGCAUUUGCAAACUAUGGAGCCGUGCUGAGGGGUGAAAUACACCAUUCGAGUCCGCGUCUCAAGCACUGACGUCGAGGGCGCGAAGGAAGCCAGGGAGAGAAGGAAGGGGGAAACCCGAGAAUCAAAUCCCGCGGCGUAUGGUUCUCUGUGUUUGUUGUAUCUGUUGCUGGACUUAGAGAUGUGGAGGAUCUGGUACCGUGUUCAGUGUCGAACGGCUAGGAAUGUAUCGCAUGAGGUGCUCCUCUACAAACGCG